UUCCUCUGCCCGUCUUCACGAAGCGAUUUCCCGUCACACCAUCGACACGGCGGACAUGGAGGCCCCACCGGGGUCCGGGAGGAAGCGGAAAUGCAGCGACGCCGCCACCUCGGCGAGCCUACCCGAUCCGGCCGCCGCCGGCAGCGGCGGCAACAGGCUCCUGGCCGGGUACCUCGCGCACGAGUUCCUCGCGCGCGGCACGGUCCUGGGAGAGAGGCGCGGGCCCGGUGGGCCGGACACGGGCUCCGAGGCGACCCAGGGCCUGGGGCAGGCAGCGCGGUACGAGGCCGUGGCCGCGCUGGUGCAGGGCGGCGGCGCCCGUGUGCCCGGGGUGGUGAACCCAGCGCAGCUCGCCGCGUGGGCGACGACGAGGUGAGGAGGCCGCGGGCGAAGGCGUUGAUGUGUGUAAGUGUAGAUAAAUCCAUUCUGGUCGUCUCGAGUCUGAUUAGUUACAGCUUAAGCCGAUGAUGUAACUACUAACUAGAAUUUGGUGCUAAUGAUCAGAGAAUGAUGAGAUCUGUACAAGUAUGUUCUACAAUCCAAAUGAUGACGCCAUUGCAGUACAUUGCCUUUGUGUGGUU